AUGGCGGAGAGUCCGGCGGCCGAGGAGGCGGCCCCGGCCCCGGCCGGCAGCGGGGGGGCCUCGGCCGGCGGCGCUGCCGGCCCCGGGGUCUUCAUCCCCGCCGAGCUGUGGGCGGCGGCGGGGUUCGGUGCUGCCACAACGGGCGCUGUGGCCGCCCCCGGCAGCGGCGGAGCCCCCAUGGCGGCGGCGGCGGCGGCCGCGGGGGCCGCGCUCCUCACGCACUCUGCGUUCUGGGACCCUACGGUGAGCGGCGACUGGGACAGCGAGCGGCCCAGCGCGGCCUGCCUGCUGCGGAUCAAACGGGAUAUCAUGUCCAUUUACAAGGAGCCUCCCCCAGGAAUGUUUGUGGUGCCUGAUCCCCAGGACAUGACCAAGAUUCAUGCAUUGAUCACAGGCCCAUUUGACACGCCUUAUGAAGGGGGUUUCUUCUUGUUCCUGUUUCGCUGUCCUCCAGAUUAUCCCAUCCACCCACCACGGGUCAAACUGAUGACAACGGGAAAUAACACAGUGAGGUUUAACCCCAACUUCUACCGCAAUGGGAAAGUCUGCCUGAGUAUUCUAGGCACUUGGACCGGGCCUGCCUGGAGCCCAGCACAGUGCAUCUCCUCAGUCCUCAUCUCCAUCCAGUCUCUGAUGACUGAGAACCCCUACCACAAUGAGCCCGGCUUCGAGCAGGAGAGGCACCCUGGGGACAGCAAGAACUACAACGAGUGCAUUCGACACGAGACCAUCCGAGUAGCAGUGUGUGACAUGCUGGAGGGCAAGUGUCCCUGUCCUGAGCCGCUACGGGGUGUGAUGGAGAAAUCCUUCAUGGAAUACUACGACUUCUAUGAAGGGGUGUGUAAAGAGAGACUUUAUCUCCAAGGACAGACAAUGCAGGACCCUUUUGGUGAGAAACGAGGCCACUUUGACUAUCAGUCCCUAUUGGUGCGUUUGCAAGGAAUUCGGCAGAAGGUGCACGAGAAACACCAGCAGGAGAACACAGAAAUAGACUCUGAGAGCAGCUCCUCCGAGACAGAGACGGACACUCAGGGCUGCCCUAAAGCUUAGAGCUGCGGUAACGGUGGAGAGGCCAAGCCAUGGGGAUGUUCUGACUUCACACUCGAGAGUACCCCUGACAGACUUGACAACCAAACCAAGGCCAGAGCGGGGAAAAGUGUGGGGUGUCUUCAGGCUCCUUGGACUGCUCUGGUGGAGAACGCUGAAUGAGAAGACUUCACGCUAGACCAAGCCAAGCUUGUGACAAGCUACUUGUAAAGGUACUUACUAUGCUAGGAAGCCAGAGCAUGUGGCAUCAGGUUCUUUUUUGGAAACACCUCCACUGGUUGUUUAAUUCUUCUUCUUCUUCUUAGUUUUUUUGCUCUCCAUUUGAUUAAAGAAUGAGAUCCAGACUGCAAAUCCUCUUUACAGCUUUUCUGUUCCUAGACAGUGAGCCCUUCCCUGGGGCCGUGCUGACAGUGGAGCGGGAGCUGUGGGAGUGCUUUGAUGAGGCCAGGGUAUGCCAGGGCCCGUGCAGGUUGGGAGCCUCUCUGCUCUGUGGAGCCCAGCCACCUGAUGUCUUUCUCCUAGACACUGUUCUAGACAGACCAAAGAUAAAGAGCAGUGGUGGAAUGUGGGCUCCUUUCUGAAAGCUUUACUCAAGCCCUGGGUGACUUCAUCCACUGAGACUUCAGGUGCAGAGGGGCGGAUGGAAAGUGGAAACUGCAAGAAUCCAUCUGUCGAAUGCAGGUGUGUUCAUCCUGGUGUUUUGCAGAAGGGAGGGUGAGGAAAUCAUUGCUCGGAGAUGGGAGGAGCACUUAAGAAGAAGUCCAGUUUGUGCACUGCUUUUGAAGGUGUUGAUCUGCAUUUAGCACUGUAGAGAUGCUGUGUCCUUCACUGGAGUACUCUGCUUCCCACCUCUAGUCAGUGUCACAGUUUAUCUUCCUCCCUUCCUCCUCCUGCCACCACUGCCCUGCUGCUACUUUGAUCCAUGCUAGGAUAAGGGGCAAUUCCAGCCAAGGGAGCCGCUUUGUCAGAGGCCUUCACCUUGUUACUAACAAAUCCCUUUGCCAAACCUGGCCGAGCACAAGCCAGCCGAGUGUGUGAAGUUGAGCACUUCAGUGUAUGUGACCAUUUGAAACAGCAGCUCUUUGCUGUGAGUGAAGGCUGCCCUCUUGGAGGGCAUCUGCUGGCUGCAAGUGCCAUUAUGUCAAAGAUGUAUUCCUUGUAUGGAGGUGAAACAUCCAUUGCUCCAGGUAAAGGAGCCUGGUGACCAUGAACUGGAGCUCCAUUUACUUCUCAUUUGGUUGUUAAUGAUUGAUUUGAUGGGAGCUUUGAUAGAAAGCUAAGCACAAAGUUGCACAUUGUCCUGGGCCCUCCUGCUCUCCUUCCCACCAGCUGGGCCCUGCUUCAGACUCCUGAUGGUGGUGGGAGAACCUCCAGUGGUCAUGCUUGGUCUAAAAGCAGUGCAGAAAGAGGGUCCCAAAGACCCCUGUUGUGUUCUCUACAGAGAGGCAAUGCCCCAUGUGCCACUGACUUCCCAGUCUCUGGUUUCUAUAACCCGUGUGGAACUCAGACGCCUGCACCCUGCUCCUCCCGCAGCUCUGAGAGGUGGCAGCAUUCCCGAAUCCCUCAGGUGCUGCUUAACAACUUGGGAAUCUUUAUUUCCCUUUAGCAAGCAAACUCCCCUGGGUCAUUGGCUUGAUUUAGACUGAAACCCCUGUCUUCCGCUGGGGGAAAGCUGAACUUCCACAGGACUCACUCACCCCAUCCACCAGAUGGGAGUACAUAAAGCAGUGUGCCCCUCGAGAUGAGGUCCCAGGGAGGCAGCAGGGUCUCCCAAGAGCCCUGUGCUACUUCCCUGCCUCUCUUAUCCCAUUGUAAAUGCCACGUUGUUUUUCACCAUUCAGUAGCAUUGUGGGUAGAGCUGUGGCUCUGCUGCCUUCCCAAGGCAGAGCUGGUCCUCCAAUCUGUUUGUGAUGCAUGUGGCGUUACCAUCCACCGAGACAACGAGACAAGAAAAUGCCUUAUCAUGGACACUAUUCACAUAACUAGCAUGUGGCUGUAAAAGAGAAGUAUUAGUUUUAUAGCUCUAAUGUUGUCUGUCCUACCAUUUCUGAAUGUUUCCAUUUCAAAGUGACAAUCCUCAACUGACUGCUUUAGGCAGAGAUGUUUUAGCAAGAGAUUUUUAGACCUAAUUGAGUUGAAAAUAUAUGCACAAGAGUCACUCUAAGAUACCUGUUUAUAUACUAUUGUACAUAAGAUCUCUUUUUUUUUGGUGCAAUAAAGUUUGUUUUGGCAGAA